AUGCAGUGGCUGAUGAGGCUCCGGGUCCUUUGGGGCACCCACAAAUCCUGCCGCGCCUUCCAGCCUGCCCCUUGGCACUUGCGCUCCCAGUCUGUAUCAGCAACUGGCGCCCCGCGAUGGAAUGACCAUGACACACCUGAGAAAUUUAACUUUGCAAGUGAUGUCGUGGACUACUGGACUCAAAUGGAGAAGGAAGGCAAAAGAGGCCCCAACCCAGCCCUGUGGUGGGUGAACAGCCAAGGAGAUGAAGUGAAGUGGAGUUUCAGAGAGCUGACAGACUUCACCUGCCGCGCAGCCAACGUCUUCACACAGGCCUGUGGCCUGCAGCAGGGAGACCGUCUCGCCUUGAUUCUGCCUCGAGUGCCUGAGUGGUGGCUGGUGACCAUGGGCUGCAUGCGAACAUGCAUUAUCUUCAUACCAGGGACAACCCAGAUGCAGGCCAAGGACAUUCUCUACCGACUGAAGGAGUCCAAUGCCAAGAGCAUCGUGACCACAGAUGCCCUUGCCCCGGAGGUGGACUCUGUGGCUUCUCAGUGUCCCGCUCUGAAAACCAAGCUCCUGGUGUCUGACCGCAGCCGUGAGGGGUGGCUGGACUUCCGAUCUCUGAUUAAAUCAGCAUCCCCAGAUCACACCUGCAUUAAGUCAAAGACCACAGACCCAAUGGUCAUCUUCUUCACCAGUGGCACCUCUGGCUUCCCCAAGAUGGCAAAACACAGCCAUGGACUUGCCUUGCGACACUCCUUUCCUUCAUGCAGGAAAUUACUGAAGCUGAAGGCCUCUGAUGUCUUCUGGUGCAUGUCAGAUCCAGGCUGGAUUGCGGCUCUCAUGGGGACCCUGUUUGAACCAUGGACAGCAGGGUCUACAGUCUUCAUCCAUCAUCUGCCCCAAUUUGACCCUAAGGUCAUUGUAGAGACAUUCUUUAAAUACCCUAUCACUCAGUGCUUUGCUGUGCCUUCUGUAUUUCGAAUGAUUCUGCAGCAGAAUUUUAGCAGCCUCAGGUUCCCCACUCUGGAGCAUUGCUCUGCUUCUGGAGAGGCCGUGCUGCCCGAGGAGCAAGAGAAGUGGAGAGAACGGACGGGCCUUCUGCUUCACCAAAUCUACGGACAGACAGAAACGGGAUUUACUUGUGGUACUGCCCGGGGGUCACAGGUCAAGCCCGGUUCCAUGGGGAAAGCCAUCCCGCCCUUCGACGUCCAGAUCAUCGACGACAAAGGCAACAUCCUGCCACCCAACACUGAGGGCAACCUUGGCAUCAGGAUGAAGCCCACCAAGCCCAUCGGCCUGUUCAUGUUGUAUGAGAAUAACCCAGUGAAGACAGCCAAAGUGGAGUGUGGGGACUUUUAUAACACUGGGGACAAAGCAACUAUUGACGAAGAGGGCUACAUCUGGUUCCUGGGGAGGGACGAUGACAUCAUCAACGCCUCUGGGUACCGCAUUGGGCCGGCAGAGGUGGAGAACGCCCUGGCAGAGCAUCCAGCGGUGGCUGAGUCAGCUGUGGUGAGCAGCCCGGACCCGACCCGAGGGCAGGUGGUGAAGGCCUUUGUUGUCCUGACCCCAGAGUUUCUGUCCCAUGACCCAGACCAGCUCAUCAAGGAGCUGCAGGAGCAUGUGAAGUCAGUGACCGCCCCGUACAAGUACCCGAGGAAGGUAGAGUUUGUCCCUGAGCUGCCCAAAACCGUCACUGGCAAGAUCAAACGGAGUGAACUUCGGGAAAAGGAGUUUGGUCAGAUGCAAGCACAGUAA